CGUGCUCCUACUGCUGGGGUCUUGGACAGCUCAAGUUUUUUCCAACUCUUGUUCCAAUCAGCAUCCCAUUCUGGAUACCACAUUGCAUUUGGCCAUCAUUUCUCCUUAGUCUCCUCCAGGCUGACAGUUCCUUCAGCUUUCUGGGUCUUUCCCAAUCUUGACGCUUUUGAAGAUACUGGUCAGGUUUUUGAAGAUGGACCAAAAGACCACAGUCACACUCCUAGAGCUUGCUGCAAAGAGUCUGCUGAAUAAUGAGCCUGCAGCUAUCCAUGCCCUGGACGAAAUCCCAAGAGACCUCUUUGUUCCAUUGUUCAAUGCUGCCUUCUUGGGUGGGCAUAAGACGGUGCUAAAGGCAAUGGUGCAGGUUUGGCCUUUUCGCUGUCUCCAUAUUGGGUCAUUGAACACACGAGAGUCAUCCUAUGACAUCUUGGAAGCCAUGAUUGAUGGUCUGCAGAUCCUCCCUGCCCAGAACUCUUCCUCUUGGGGGCCCAAACUGAGGAUCCUAGAUUUAAGGCCUGACCUGGACUGUGAGACAAUAUGCUCUGAGAUUGGGACCGCAUUCCCUUUCUGUCUUCAGUCAUGCAUUUACUCUCAGCGCUCUAUCUUUUAUAUAGAAGACGCUCAGCAUAGUGUCAGGUGCCUCGGAAUUGGUAAUUCCGGGUCUGAGCCUCAUUCAGCUCAGGAACCCAUGGAAUUACUAGUGGAUAUUUCCCUCAAUAGUACCGUGAGAACAGAGCAAUUCCUCUCUUUGCUUUGUAGUAAAGUUCAGCAGAACUUUGGGUCCUUGCACCUCUGCUGCAGAGGUUUGCGAAUCCAUAGAAUGUCUGCCCUCAAAAGUAUCCUGCAGUUUCUGGAUCUGGGGUGCAUUGAGCACCUGGAAAUGGAUCAGGCUAAUCUGAGAGAAGUCGUCACCCUUUUGGCUCGGGUGAUCCACCUGAACAGCCUGACUCUGUGUAACAUCCCCUUUAAAUCUUAUAAGAGAAGGAACUUCAGAUCUUUUCUCCUCUGGCUUGGGCAGCUGGACAAUCUCCAGGAGCUCAGCUUGACUUUCUUCUGCCUCACAGAUCAACUGCACACACUGCUCAGAGUUGUGCCACCUCAGUUGGAUACACUGUAUCUACCUUUCUGUAGCCUUUCUAACAGAGAUGUCACUGUCCUGUCCCAGAGCUCUCAGGCCACCCACCUAAGGGUAUUGAGUCUCAGUAACAACCAGAUCUUCUCAGAGGUUUAUGAGCCCUUCCAGACUCUGCUGGAGAAGGUCUCAAGCACCCUGCAACAUCUGGAGAUAAAUAAUUGUAUGAUAACUGAUUCUACUCUCUCUGCCGUCCUCCCAGCCCUGAGCCACUGUACCCACCUCCGUGUCCUUAGCUUUGCCUUCAAUCCCAUUACGAUGCCUGUGCUCAAGAGCCUUCUGCAGCACUUGACAUCCUUGAUGAAGCUGAAGUACGUGAUUUAUCCUGUCCCUGUCCAUUGCUACGAGGAAUGGAAUUUUCAUGAGAGUUUGGACCGACAGAAACUUGCUGAAGUCCAGGCUCAGUUGGAGGCGGUGCUGCACGGGGCACAGCGGGAUGACAUGACCUGGGCCACUUGUUCAAAGUGA